AUGCGAGAUUCGAACCAUCGAUGCGUUCCACUGAAUAGGUCUUGUGUGACCAUAACGUCCAGCGUUUAUGACAGAAGAGGUUUGGACUGCAACUCAGAAAUUCCAUUGAUAAACUCGCUUAACCAUCUAACAUAUCUCACGUCUAACUCUGCCAAAGUGCGGGAAACUGUGGCAAAUGACGGUGCAUUGAUCAGGUUGGUUUCGAUUUUACACGAUUGUUACAUUCCACUCGAUGAAUGGCCUAAUAUGCGGCUGGAGGACAAUCUGAAUGUUGUUCAAAGAGUAGAGAGAGAACGAAAGCUGGCUAUGAUAGCAUGGAAGUGGACGCUUGCAUUUCAGUGUUUAGUGCUUACAGGAACAAGAGGUACGGAACAAAUACGGAAACAGGUGGUCUCUUCUGGGGUCAUCCCCAUUCUCGCCACCGUACUCGACAAUUAUCUUCUACUCGAGAAGGGCUUCGACUUUAUCGAUGACGUGCCACUGAUGCUGGAUAUCAAACACCUGGAUUUUAAAAAUGACUGGGAUUUAUCAAAGGAGGUGGAUUUGGACAGUCUGAUUCGAAAGUAUAAAGCUCUGAGCAAGCCUGUCGUCACACAAUUGGGUACCAGUUUUGCAGAACUAUGGGAAUCCAACGCCGAUACUCAAGACGCCAGUAACACUGAAACUGACUCUUAUGAUAACAUUGUGGUUUCGAUACCGAGAGCUUUUUCAUGGGGCAAAAUCGUGCCCAAGGGUGAUGAUGUCAUCUGGUCAUUACAACUACUUGCAUUCAUUUCGAAAUAUACGCACAUGAAACCACAUUUACAGAAAGUGCAUCUCGUUAAGUCACUUUCGCUGCGAAAUGUCUUGUCAAUCGCCUGGAAAACCCGCGUGAGAGCGCUGGACAUCUCAUCACUGAGAAUAUCUCUAGCAAACCAUGUUCAGCAUCCUAACUGUGGGUCUGACGACGAAGCUAUAGGAAUGCCAGAACUUAAACGUGGUGAAAUGGGCGUUGAUUCAGAAGAUCCAUUUUUUUUGGACAUGAAACAAAGAUGCGAAAAAAUCGGUGGUCAGAUUUCUUUCCAAAACAGAAACAAUCAUUCUUCUGCGGUGCAGAAGAACAAAAGGGAUUCGUCGGGGGUUCAAGAGCGGAUGAGGCUAUUGAAGGAAGAGUUUGAUUCCAAAUGGAACUAUAAUACUCUGGAUAAAUCAUUGGAUGAGGAGACUUUCCUCCAUAUAGCUAAUGCACCUCAUCUCAAUUUAUUUCCACUGGUGGAACGAUUUACGGUUAAAAAGGAAAAUGAGAGGGACAUGACUUACUGGAGUUCGGUCAUUAUGAGAAAUUCUUGUAGGAAAAAUGAGAGCACCGGAGUCAGACAAUGUGCCAACUUUGCUUGCGGUAAAUGGGAGGAUUACCCAAAGAGAUUUGCCAAAUGUCGCCGUUGCAAAAGGACCAAGUAUUGUUCAAGGGAAUGUCAACUGCAGUCGUGGAGCUACCACAGAUAUUGGUGCCAGGAAGUUGGUAGCUCAUCUGCCGGUCAGGGCACUGCUACUGACGCAAGUGACAGAACCACUCCUAACCAGCCUCAAGGUACCACAGGUCUUAUGACAGAUUCUGCAACUACAGAAAUACCGAGUAUUGACAGUGAAAGAGCUCUUAUAACAGCAUCGGAUGAAAACACUGAUAUUACACAUACAAUGAGGGGCAGCAAUACGCUUCCUGAUAGUGCAUAG